UCUCUCUCUCUGUUUUGUUUAUCUCUUACAUCCUCGGACUCUCCUACUAACCCAAAAAAAGAAACGUGAAUUUUUUCCCUUGCCAUAUCUAAUAAACACCAUUUUUUUUUUUUAUAUAUAUUUUGUUGAAGUCUCAUGGGCUAUAGCACUAUGUACACCUGUCUUCUCAUUUUGUUGUCUCAUAUAUAAAGCUGUAACAAUACAAGAUCCUUGCUUCUUUUUUUUCUCACUCUUCAAAAAUAAAAAAUUUCAUUUUUUGGUAAGAGAGUUUUGUUUUAAUGGCAAAUGCAUCUGGGUUCUUUAGUCCUUCAGUUCCAAGCCUCAGAGGGAAGAUUAAGCCUUCAAUAGGGGUUAUUGGAUCUGGGAUUUGGUCCACUCAAAGAAUCUCAAAGAGAGUGGUGUGUUCCAGCACCAUUGAAGGCUCAGAGAAGAUUUCCUCUUCUCAAUCUCAACUGCCAAGGCUUGUCAGUAAGGGCUGCAAAUUAGUUGGAUGUGGCUCAGCAUUACCAAGUCUUCAGAUUUCAAACAAUGACCUUGCAAAAAUAGUUGAUACUUCUGAUGAAUGGAUAUCUGUUCGCACUGGCAUUCGUAAUAGACGAGUUAUUACAGGAAAAGAUAGCUUGAUUACUCUAUCAGCAGAGGCAGCAAGUAAAGCUCUUCAGAUGGCAGGGGUUGACCCUGAUGAUUUGGACCUAGUCUUGAUGUGCACUUCUACGCCAGAAGAUCUUUUUGGUAGUGCUCCUCAGGUCCAAAAGGCUCUGGGCUGCAAAAGAAAUCCCUUGGCUUAUGAUAUUACAGCUGCAUGUAGUGGAUUUGUGCUUGGUCUAGUCUCUGCUGCUUGCCACAUUAGGGGAGGUGGAUUUAAGAAUGUAUUGGUUAUUGGUGCUGAUACUCUUUCUCGGUUUGUUGACUGGACGGAUAGAGGAACUUGUAUUCUCUUUGGGGAUGCUGCUGGUGCUGUAGUCGUACAGGCCUGUGAUAUUGAGGAUGAUGGUCUUUUUAGUUUUGAUGUGAACAGCGAUGGUGAAGGUGGAAGACAUUUAAACGCCUCCAUCAAAGAUAAUGAAGUUGAUCAUGCAGUGGGUUCUAAUGGCUCAGUUUUAGACUUUCCUCCCAAACGCCAUGCCAACUUUCCCUGCAUUCACAUGAAUGGAAAAGAGGUUUUCCGCUUUGCUGUUAGAUGUGUGCCCCAGUCUAUAGAGUCUGCUCUUGAAAAGGCUGGUCUCACUGGUUCGAGCAUUGACUGGUUACUGCUCCACCAGGCAAAUCAAAGGAUCAUUGAUGCGGUGGCAACACGCUUAGAAGUCCCGCCGGAAAGGAUCAUAUCAAAUUUGGCUAAUUAUGGUAACACGAGUGCUGCUUCCAUUCCAUUGGCAUUGGAUGAAGCCGUCAGAAGUGGGAAGGUGAAAUCAGGCCAUACUAUUGCAACUGCAGGCUUUGGAGCCGGUUUAACUUGGGGUUCUGCAAUCAUCAGAUGGGGGUGAAAUGUUACACUUCCAACCAAUAACCGUACAGAAGAGAAUAGAGACUUCCCUGUACCGUGCAGUUCCCCAGUUCUCCCAUCGAGUUCCAUGUGUAUUUUGCAAUUUGAUUGUCAUCUUUUUGUUGCUUUUAGUUUUUGCACGUGCUAUAAAUUUUCUUCAAUUAAUUUCCCCUUUGUACCAUUGUUCUUUCUCUUGAAUUUCCAGUGACUGUUGACAACCA